GCGAGUAUUAAAUGUCAAGAUCGAUCGAGGUGGCAAAGUGGGUUAACGGGACGAUGGUGGAGGAACCGACGCGUUCAACGGUGGCACUGACAAUUGCACAACAGGUACACCACCGCAUCGCCACGCUUUUGGCGGACCACCACGUGCCUCGCAAGCCUGCCCACAGCAUCGUCCCACCGCCCCCUCGUCGGUCAGCUCAUCAGAUCCUCCAGUCCCUCCAUCGACGUCGCACCCGUCAACACGUUGGACAAAUCAAUCGUGUCAUGGCCCAAAUGCAAGCCCAUAUCAACCGCGACGAAGCGAUCAAGCAUUCGUUUGUGCCUGCUUGUCAGGAAUGCGCCAUUUGUCUCGAAGACAUGGCUCUAACCAGCCGCAUCACCGUGCGCCGCCUGCCCUGUGGACAUACGUUCCAUACCCACUGCAUCAAGGCCUGGUCUGUCUACCAAUGCACAUGUCCGUACGACCGACGCCCCUUUGUCCGUCUUGCCAGUUGACGGUCUCAGCCCCAGCAUGAUGCUACGUUUAACCCUGACAAUGUAAUGCCGUGAUUUCCCUGUAUGUACUUAAACAAGCUACAAUUUUUC